GUUGGGACCGUUGGGGAGCGGGGCCCCGGGGAGGGAGCGACAAUAGCCAGGGCAGCGGGCGGAGGUGCCCGGGGAGCACAGGGGUGCCAACCCUCCAGACGGCCCUGGCGUCUCCGGAAAUGAGAAGUAUAUCUCCAGGAGAGUGCUGAAGUCACCCGGGAGAUAAAUGCGAGAGCAUUCGUUCAAAGAAAUAUGAAACGUUGAAUCCGAUGUAUAUCGUAGGCCGGUGGGUUUUUAAAAGAUCUGUUUGUUGCACAGACACAGCCACUUGAGAAUACGAACUUAAAAAGAUUAUACAUUUCUCUUGUUUGCUUUUCUUAGCUCAUUUCCAGUUGCCAGCAUAAGCUCAGCAUAAAACAUGGGGAAAAAGAAGAAAAAAGAGAAUCUAGAACAACUGUACAAAGAAGCAAGAUCAUCUUUCCCAGAAGCUUUGCUGGCAUUUCAAAUUCAGAUAAAGGAAGAAGCAAUUGAUCGGCUUCUGUUAGAACUCAAGGAACUGGAAGAAAAGAAUGAAAAAUAUCGAGAAAGGAAUAAACAGCUGAAGGAGGAACAGCUGGGUUAUAUCAAGGAUCUACUAAAUGACCUCAAAAAACAUGAAAAAUUGCUUGAGGAAAAGGAGGUUGUAACCAGAGAUGAUGUAGAGGAGGCAAUGAAGGAGCAAUGUCAGUAUGUUAGGGACCAAGAACAGCUUUUGAAAGAUCUGAACUCCCAGAUAAGUGAAUAUGAUGAGAAACUUUCAGUAAGGGAGCUCGAGAAGGAUUAUUGGCUGGAAUACAAAAAUGUGGGAAGUGGAGAUCAUGCCAAACAGAUCCAGAUCUUGGAAAAGGACAUCCAGGCACUCAAAGAUGACCUUAAUGAAAUGACAGAAUUCUAUAGAAGCACUUUGCAAAUGACAAAAGAUAAAAUUGACAGAAUGGUUGAGAAACAAAAGAGCCAAAAGAAGGAAUGGGCCACUGAGAAUGCUGUUCAACACAUUGACAAAAACAGUUGCAGGGAAAUUAAAGAAAAUGAAUGGCUAAAAGAAGAGGUUGAAGUUUACAAAAAGGAAGUAAGCGAUUUGGAAGCCUCUGCUCAGCUGCUAGAAGAAGAAAAUAUAUAUAUGAUACAGAUACUGUCUGACCGCAGACUGCAAAAUCUUAGAAUAUCCAGGCCUUUAUUUCUUACCCAGGGAGCGGGCCUGCAGGGUGAAGAUGAACUGCUUAGUGCAAACUUGGAAGGACUAGCAUGUGGAGAGCAUUCAGGAAAGAAAGAUGAUAGAAAUGAAUGUCCCAAGAGCAUGGAACUCCAUGGAGCAUGGAGCAUGGAGAAGGCAGCAAUGUCAGAUACCCAGUCCGAGAUGGAAGACAGUUACGAGUUUCUGUGUGGAAUACCAAUGCCUCCGACUCUCGAUAGCUUGUUGUACGAGGAUGAAAAGGAUUUCCAGGAAUACCUAAAAUUGGGCCCACUGGAGAUAAAACUGAUGAGUGCUGUGGGAAAAGCAAUGCCUAUUCAUUUGAAAGAGACUCCAAGCAAAAGCCACUUGGAAGGCUGUUUUGGUAUCACUCAGCCAGAAAGUCACAUCACAUACCGGAUGAUCAAAUCAGUGUUUAGUUGAGAGCAAAAAGAGUGAAUCCUUCUGCCAGCUGGUACAGCUCUUUUUCCUCCCAGAACAUCAACUUGACCUGUUCCUGACCAUCUUAGCUAUCCUCAGUCCAUCUUUGCUAUCCUCAUCACAGCAAUGGCAAGUUCAAACUCUGUGC